AUGGCACCCGCUGCGACAGACACCAAUUGGUCUGUCAAUUACGAUGUCUUGAAGCGGGAGAACCUGUUUCGCAACCCUCCCCAGGACAAGACCGCAUACCCUUCCCUCGCCGAAUCUAUCAAGCCCCAUGUCGACUCGUUCAAUGCCCUGUUCGAGAAGGGCGGAAUCAUCGAGGCCGGUCUGAAGGAUAUUGGCACCAGGACGUUUCUUGACGAGGUUGUCGAAACUGCCGAACAAAAGCAACAGCGUCUAGCGGAGGGCCGGAGAGCGCCCAGGCGGAAUAAACUCCACGUUCGCAUCAAGGAAGUUUUCCUCGAGAAGCCGACGAUUCCUCUGACGAACAAAUAUACCGCUCGCAACCGCAAUAUCUACCCGUCUGAGUGCAGAGAAAGGCAUGCGACAUAUCGUGGAAAACUCCGCGCGAAGAUUGAGUAUCGCGUCAACAAUGGAGACUGGACGGAGCAGGUUAGGGAACUGGGCCAGGUUCCUAUUAUGUUAAGAACAAACAGAUGUUACCUGGAAAAGGCGACGCCAGCGGAGUUGGUGCAGCACAAGGAGGAAUCAGAAGAGUUAGGCGGCUACUUUAUCGUCAACGGUAACGAAAAGCUUAUUCGUAUGUUGAUUGUUGGGCGACGGAACUAUCCCAUGGCAAUUGUCCGAAACACCUUCACCAACCGUGGCCAUGCAUACUCGAAAUUCGGUAUUCAGAUACGAUCAGUACGGCCAGACCAGACUUCGCAAACGAACGUUCUACACUACUUGAAUGACGGAAAUGUGACAUUCCGAUUCUCAUGGCGGAAGAACGAAUACAUUAUCCCGGUGGUGAUGAUCCUCAAGGCUUUGGUGGAGACGAAUGACCGCGAGAUUUUCGAAGGAAUUGUGGGCAGUGCUUCCUCUGAAGGAAUCAAUAACACGUUCGUGACAGACCGAGUCGAACUGUUGCUACGGACAUACAAGGCAUACAAGUUGCAUAGUCGUUCAGAAUGCCGAGCAUUCAUUGGAGAGAAAUUCAAGCCUGUUCUCGGUGUCCCGGCCGAUACGCCCAACGAGGAGGCCGGUACGGAAUUUCUUCGCAAGGUUGUCCUGCCGCACCUGGGCAACCAGAAUGUCACGGAGACGCAGGAUUAUGACAAGUUCAAGAUGCUCAUGUUCAUGAUUAGGAAGCUCUACGCCCUCGUUGCCGGUGACUGUGCGCCGGACAACCCUGAUGCUGUUUCAAACCAGGAAAUCUUGCUAGGAGGAUUUCUCUACGGCAUGUUGUUGAAGGAAAGGCUGGACGAGUGGGUGAGGUCUUUCGGGCCCAUCCUCAGAGAUUGGUCAAACCGUAAUCAUGGGGCCAGGUUUACCGACCCUGCUUUUGAAAGAGACUUCGUGAGCAAGGUGAUCAGGAGGUCCAACGAGAACAUUGGAGGUGCUAUGGAGUAUUUCCUUUCAACCGGUAACCUCGUCAGUCCAACUGGCCUUGAUUUGCAGCAAACGUCUGGUUACACCGUCAUGGCGGAGAAGAUUAACUUCUACCGAUUCAUCAGUCACUUCCGAAUGAUUCACAGAGGUAGUUUCUUCGCGCAGCUCAAGACGACUACCGUCCGUAAGCUCCUUCCUGAGAGUUGGGGUUUCCUUUGCCCGGUGCACACGCCUGAUGGAUCUCCAUGUGGUCUGCUUAACCAUCUGGCUCACAAGUGUCUCGUCGCCACUAGCGAUACUGACGUAUCUCAUUUGCCAAAACUACUCGUCCAGCUCGGCGUUCGUAACGAGUCGUCUGUCUCCUUAGACGAAAGCGUUACUGUUCAACUGGACGGCAGGAUCAUUGGAUACUGCUCACCCAAGCAAGCCCGCGUCAUUGCCAGCACUCUCCGACACUGGAAGGUCUCUGGCACAAACAACGUUCCUUUAGGACUGGAAAUUGGCUACGUUCCUAACUCCAACGGCGGUCAGUACCCUGGUAUCUACAUGUUCUCCCAAGCUGCCCGGAUGUACCGACCCGUCAAGUACCUACCCCUCGACAAGCUCGACUACGUCGGUCCCUUUGAACAGCCCUUUAUGGAGAUUGCCUGCUUGCCUUCGGACCUGGUCAAAGGCCUGUCAACCCAUAUCGAAUUCACCCCUACAAACAUCCUCUCCAUCGUCGCCAACAUGACUCCCUUCUCCGACUAUAACCAAUCCCCCCGCAACAUGUACCAGUGCCAAAUGAGCAAGCAGACUAUGGGAACGCCAGGUACAGCAAUCGACUACCGAACAGAUAACAAGCUUUACCGACUACAAACCGGUCAAACGCCUAUCGUGCGACCACCGCUCUACAACGCUUACGGACUUGACAAUUUCCCCAACGGCACGAACGCCGUCGUAGCCAUCAUCUCAUACACUGGUUACGACAUGGACGACGCCAUGAUCAUUAACAAGUCCUCGCACGAGCGCGGCUUCGGAUACGGAACAGUCUACAAGACAAAGGUCCACUCCCUCGACGAAAAGGACUCAAGACGCACAAAGUCCAAACAAGCCGUCCAGAAACUUUUCGGCUUCGCCCCGGGCAGUGAAAUCCGCGCUGAAUGGCGCGCUACCCUUGACGAAGACGGGUUCCCCCACAUCGGUGCCGAAAUCAAGGAAGGAUCCAUCGUAGCCGCGUAUCACACCGUCCGAUACGACGCGACGUCCGACUCCUAUAUAAACGUUGACGGCAUCACGCACUUUGUCAAAUACAAGGACAGUGAAAGGGCAUACAUCGACAGCAUCCGCAUUAUGGGCUCAGAAACCGGUACCGAGCCCGCGCAGGCUAUCAGCGUCAAGUACCGUAUUCCUCGAAAACCAAUCAUUGGUGAUAAGUUCUCUUCUCGUCACGGUCAGAAGGGUGUCUGCUCGCAGCUCUGGCCUGCUGUCGACAUGCCCUUCUCCGAGAGCGGCAUCCAGCCUGAUCUCAUUAUUAACCCUCACGCUUUCCCUUCUCGAAUGACGAUUGCCCAAAUGAUCGAGUCGAUGGCCGGAAAAGCUGGUGCUCUGCACGGCCACCCACAAGACUGCACCCCCUUCCAAUUCUCUGAAGAAUAUACAGCGACAGACUACUUCGGCGAACAGCUGCGGCGCGCGGGUUACAACUACUACGGCAAUGAGCCGCUGUACUCAGGUAUUACCGGCAAAGAGUUCGCCGCCGAUAUCUUCAUCGGCGUCGUGCACUACCAGCGUCUGCGUCACAUGGUGAACGACAAGUUCCAAGUCCGUACCACCGGCCCUGUCAACAAUCUCACUGGUCAACCCGUCAAGGGCCGUGCGAAGGGAGGUGGUAUCCGUGUCGGAGAGAUGGAGCGCGAUUCUCUGAUUGCGCACGGAGCAGCGUACAUCUUACAGGAUCGGUUGAUGAACUGUUCUGAUUCCCAGCGGGCGUGGAUCUGCCGCGAUUGUGGUAGCUUUUUGAGUACACAGGUUGCUGUUUCCUCCGCUGGGUCAAGUAAGGCGCGGAUGGCGGCGAAGAAUUCGUCGGGUUCUGCUGCGUUAGGUGGAAAUGCAGGGAUUGUAAGGUGUAGGAGGUGCGCGAGGGAGGCAGUUUUUGAUGAUUCGCGCGCUGUAGUUUGGGAGGAUGGAGAGGGGAGGAGGUUCGUUGGGGGUGACAAUGUGACUGUUGUUGCAGUGCCGGGUGUGCUGAGGUAUCUGGAUGUGGAGCUUGCGGCGAUGGGGAUUCGGAUGAAAUUCCGGGUCGAUAACUGAUCUUCUACCAUUCAGAUCACUUGUCCUGCGUGUGGAGCGGGAAGGAUCACAAAAGCAUGUUGAUGUUAUACAUAGACGGGGAGCGAUUUGCUUGUCUUGGUAUGCUAGCAAUGCUUGGUCAA